AUGGCAAAUAGGACUCAUAGUGGGACAGCCACUAUUCAUGGGACCAACCCACAAUUUCUGAUAGACAAGAUCAUGCGAAUGAAGAUAUAUAACGACUUGUAUUACAAGGAACAGCUAUUCGCUCUUGAUGCUGAGUCCAUUAUUGAGAAAGCAGCAGAGAUUGACCAUAUUGGAGGUUCUUAUGGAGCUAAUAAAGAUCCAUGUCCAUUCUUAUGCUUGACUCUUAAACUUCUUCAGAUUCAGCCAUCCAAAGAUGUGAUCAACGAGUACAUCAAAGAUGAAGAUUUUAAAUAUCUCCGAGCUUUAGGACUGUUCUAUGUGAGAUUGAUCGAAAGUCCUGAGAAUAUUUAUAAGAAACUGGAUCCCUAUCUAGUAGACAAUAGGAAGCUUGUCUGACUCAACGAGCCAACUCUUUCAGAAGGAAAGUACACUAAGUACAAAAUCAUCCAUAUGGAUGAGUUUGUAGAUAGUCUUUUACAAGAGGAGAUCUUGUUCGGAAUCGCUCUUCCUCAUUUGCCAAAGAGGCAUCACCUCGGAGAAGAGUAUUUGUACAAGAGUCCGAUUGAAGAAGAAUAUGAUGAAAUUUAUGGAAAACAGGAGAAAAAGAAGGAUGAAUCCAUGUCUGACGAGGACAAGCAGGAAUCCUCUAGCGAUGAUGAUGCUCAAGCUCAACCAGCACGAUCUCCACAGGACGUAGAAAUGAAGAAAGAAGAGCCUACUUCAAAGCCAAAGAAGGACGAAAACAGUAUAGAAUAUUGGAACGAACAAAGAGCAAAACUUGGUAUGAAACCUCUCAAAGAGAAAGAGCCAACAGAGGUAGACUCUCGUCAAGUAAGACACCCUCCUCAGUCCUCCUCCAGGGACACUGAGUUAUAUAAAUCAGCUCGGAGGCGUGACCAAAAGCGGCAGCGUCGUCACAGCUCCAGUUCCUCAAGCCCAGCAUCAAACAACAAGAAGAAAGACGAGACCAGCGUGGGCUACUGGAACGAACAAAGGGCCAAGCUCGAGCAGCCCGAAGACAGGAGAGAAAAGAAGCACAAGAAGAAAGAUAAGAAAAGAGACAGGAAAUAUAGAAGAGACCGAAGCGAUAGUUACGAGAGAAGAAGAGAUAGAAAACGAUCGAAGAAGCAUAAGAGCAGAAGACAUAGAUCUAGAUCGAGAAGUAGCAGUAGAAGUGAUCGAGGCGAUAAGAAGAAAAAGGAUGAGACAAGUGUUGAAUACUGGAAUGAGUUGAGAGCGAAGAUUGGGAUGAAGAAGCUUAAGGAAUAG